ACUAUAUUCACUGAGCUCUGUAGCCAGACCGUCUCUUCAGCAUAUGAUGCAAGGAGCUCUUUAAAAUGGAUUUCGUCUCUCCUUUUACUCUGCUCUGCUUGCUGGUGAUAAUAACUGUUACUCAAGGCUCUGCCAUCCGGACUGGUGUGCUCAGCGGCGGCUCAGCUGUCUUUUCUUUGGGAAUCCAAAACCUGCAGGACUUCUCCAGCAUGAGCAAGGAGGAUAAGAAAUGCUUCACAACUGUCUUAAAUGACACUUUGUUGGCCAAAUGUGGCACUUCUGCCAGUAGAUGCCUKAACUUGGAGAACGGCUCCCUGGUGCUGAGGAGUGUGGAGAAAGGCGACGAGGGAAAAUACGGAUUUGUUUUUCAGAACACCACCAAAAAUUUUACRCUGCAAGUAUUUGAGCCGACCAUUGGGAUCCAGUGCUUCCCUGAUGGAACUGCAGAGCUGUCCUGCAACGUGAGCAGCGACGAGGUCGUGGUGUUCCGGUGGCUGCUGAACGGCACCCACCUGAAAGCCGAGGGGGCUUGCAUUAAGGAUGCUGGGAAGAAAGUUCACCUGGACAAAACUGAGCCAGGGGAGUUUGUGUGUGAACUUUUGAAGGGGAACAGCAUCACGAGGACCAGGCCCAUUACACUCUCUUGCAGCUACGAUCUGCUGCAGUACCCRGGGUUCAUUUACAUCCUGGCAGGCUGUGCAGCGGGCGUCCUCAUCCUGCUGGUGGCUUUGCCUGCAGCCAUAUGUUGCUGCAUGAAGAGAAGACACAAGUUCAUCCCAGUGCCUUCAGAGGAGGAGAAGGAUGAUGGAUUAACAAUGUCAGUGGUGUCCAGCGAAGGCAUGAAGAGCCCCCCCAAUGGAGACCGCGUGGAGGCUCAAGCUGCCCAGACUGACCGUCCUCCGAAGCCUGAUGCUGCCCAGACUGCUCAAGGCGCUGAGCCCCAGCCAGAAGAAAACUUACCAGUGCAGAUGGAAGCUGAGGAAAUGCCUGAGGUCAUCGUUGAUGUGGAAAGCCAGGAGGAUGCCUCAGACUGUUUCCCAGAUCCAACUGAUGACUGACCUGAUGUGCUUGCUGCUCUGCCCUGAAGCCUGUGACACUUGUCCUUUGCAUCCCAUAGUCUCAUUGUGUGUAGGAAUUGGUUGGGAAAAUUUUAGCAGGGAAAAGAGAGGUGUCAGWCCUUCUAACCUCAUUUAAGCAGAAAAAAGAAAAUGUAAAGAAAAGCACACACACGUGGCUUCAAGGCCRCACUGUCGUGGGCUGACAGGUUCACCAACAAACAAACUGGGGCAGCUCUUUGAUGCUUUGCCUGAUAACAGAGCUGCAGCCAAACCAAGGAGCCCCAGGGGACAGCCUGGAAUGAGACAGGAGGUUCUUCCCUCUCCCUGCCCACCCCAUGCCUUGCCUUGUCUGUGUCAGCCAUGGGCAGGCACCACAGGCAGGCUGAGGUGGCCUGCCAGUCCCAGAAAUUUCCUGAGAAAGCCUUUUCUUGGGAGAUUUCAGGGCAUUUUUUCCCAGGCCCUGCCAAAGAAGCUCAAAGGAGCUCUCAGCUUGGUGUCUGUUGUGCCGGGUGCUCCUCUGAGCUCCAGACCCUGUGAUUUGGCCCUCCCCUCUUGCUGCCUGGAGCAGGAGCACUGGUGGGGGCUGCUGGGUGAUGCACAGCCAGGGUGAUGCUGGCUUUGCUCCCCCCUUGGUGCCCCAAAUGUCUGGGGGUACAGGUGACCUUUCACCAGAACCCUGAGCCCACCCAGCGCCAUCACUCGCUCGCUUGCCCAUGGCAGGAGGGGGCCUGGGGCUUGGGGGUGCGAUUUUGGCAAAAAUGUUGAUUUUAAUGCUGAUAUUUGUUUAUCAUUGCAAGCAUUUAGUACCUUUAGUGUAGUGGCUUAGCUACUGUGAGCUGAUGAAGCUGGCCAUCUGCCUGUGCACGUAGGCUUGUUCCACGCUGUGGUGUUUGCACAGACAGCAGCAAUUUAUAGAAUCUCUUAGGUAAGUCUUGCUGCUACGCAUGUCCUGUUCUGCUCAGGGGAGCUGUGCCUGUGGAGCAGCUGGGGCAGACCUAGGAGAGGGCAGGGAUUGAGUCCCAGGCAAAGGUGCCAGGGGCUGCAGGGCUGUCAGGCUGCAGGGAGUGCUGAAGGAUGUGCUGUAAGAGCAAGAUAUUUACUUGUAAGACAAUUUCAGUAGUCAGAGUGAGGAGUUAAAUUGAUUGCCUGUUGGUGUUAAAUCAGACUGCUGGGCUAGAAAGGCAUGGUGGAGUGAAAGGAGAGGUGGUACCGAGUGGGAUUAAAAGGGACAGGGAUGUGUGUGCUGCGUUCCUCUCUUGCCUUGUCAUUUUGCUUCUGGUUUAUAUUGUGCUGGCAUUGUGAAUCCCUUGGGAAUGGAUUUAAGAUGUGCCUGGUAAAUGUCACCCAAGCAGGGCUGUGAGCACCCCACCAGAAUCCAAACCAAACUGGAGGCUUCCCUCCCGGGCAGGAUGGCUGCAUGCUCACCUGGGAAUGCUUCAUCCAUCUCUGUGUGCUUGCCAAGGCUCUGCAUCACUGACACCCAGCCAGAGGUGGUUGUUCUUGUUUCCUUGUCCUGUAACUCUCUUGAAGGGAUUUUUGGCUCUUAUGUACUGUGUUGGUGGUGGUUCAGCCUGUCUCCACUUUUCAAGGCUGCUGCAGGAAGCAAAUUUUCCACGGUAAGAGAGAGGUGAUAAUUCUUUUCCUUGYGGUGCUGUUCUAACUCCUCUCAGUAUAAACAUUCCUCAAAGGCUGUGAGUUGAGUGACAAAAAAGUGACACAGAGURCUUGGGGUGGCAGCACAGAAGCGAUGCUGGGUGAACUGUGUCACYGGGCCAGGGUCACCCAAAUGGGAGACACAGCUUUGCUUCACUUCUGCACUUUCUGGCAGGGGCAGGCAGGGGACAGUCGACUCCAGCACAUGCUCCAAAGGCUGAACCGUGCUCYGAGCUGCUCUGGAGAAGAUGGCAGCAUUUCAGUGUGAGGGUGAGAGAGCCCGGCCAGCCUUGUCUUGCUGCAUCCCAGCUCCAGYUUGUCCUGGUGCUGCCUUCCUGCUGCCAGCCCUGGGAGGGCUGGGCUGCCCAGCAGUGUGAACGCCACCACCACUGUAAUCCCUGGAAGAGKUUUUCCCUUUGAGAUGGGAGUCUGAGAUGUGAGAGGUCUUUGUGAGAGAGAUUGGACUACAGUUGGUUUUCUGUCCAUUACCACUGAAAGUGCCAUGCAGCAACAAAGCAAAAGUUUCAGUGACUGUGAGGGUGGCAGAGAAGUGAUGCAGUCUGUGCUCUUGCUUUUACUGUACAUGUUCACGCCCAGCUUUUGUUCUUUUCUGGUGUUUUUUUUUUUCCUUUCCCCUGMGAUGAUUUUGUUCCAAAUAAAAAGAUCUG